GCCAGGGACGCGGAACACAACUUGAAGGAACAACCUCUCGGUUUGGAUCAGACACAUACAAAUCUACUAUUUCCCUCCCAGUAUCAAAAGCUAUUGCAUUAGAGGAGCUCGCCAUUGCGGUUGACUAUUAUACCGAAAAAGUAUACGCAGGAUAAACCCCAGUUCUGACUCGAGUUCCGGCUUCAAGUCUUCGCAGUCUCCAUACUACUAUAUCCGGCCCGCGACAGAGGCCGUUGGUGCUUCGCCGAUAGAACAUUAUUGUCCUAGCCAUUUUGGUCCGCCUAGCAUGGCUUCGCGACCUCAAUCACAACCUCGUCCCAAAGUGCUGAUGUUCGAUAUUGGCGGAGUCUGUGUCGUCUCACCUUUCCAAGCGAUCUUGGACUACGAGAUCCAAAACGGCAUUCCAAAAGGCUACAUCAACUAUGCGAUCCGAGAGCUAACACCCAACGGGGCAUGGCACAAACUGGAGCGCGGGGAGAUCCCCAAUGACGCCAAUUUCAUGCGCAACUUCAAAUCGGACCUCGAACGGCGCGAGAUAUGGCUCAAGUUCCACCGGGAGAAACUGAACAUCACCGACGCAUCAAAAGUGCCUCCUGUUCCCAACAUUGACGCCGAAACGCUCUACUGGACCAUGAUGAGCACGUCGCGCGAACCAGAUCCAUACAUGUAUCCGGCGCUGAAGCGGCUGAAGGCGUCGGGCAAAUAUAAACUGGCGGCGCUGUCAAACACGACGAUUUUCCCCGAGGGCCACGAAUAUAAUGUGAUUGGGCCGGACGAUGUGCGGCAUAUCUUUGAGAUCUUUGUGAGCAGUGCCCAUGUAGGCAUGAGGAAGCCGAAUCGUGAUAUCUACGAGUAUGCGUUGAAGGCGAUCCGUGACCGAUGGGGCCAGGAUAUCAAGCCCCAGGAUAUUGUGUUCCUGGAUGAUAUUGGUGAGAACCUCAAGAUGGCUCGGAGUCUGGGGUUGAGGACGAUCAGAGUCAUUCUCGGGAGAACGAAGGACGCGGUUAAGGAGUUGGAACAGAUAACUGGGUUGGAGUUGUUGGAGGAGCCUGCGAAGAAGACGACGGAUGGCCCGAAAGCACGGCUAUAGAUUGGGGACGAUAUAGUAUAGAAAGAAGUCUGAAUGUGAUGCAAGUUGUUAGAUCUUGGUACAGUUGAUGGUAGCUCCG